GUACGGUUCGUGGCACCUUAUUGACCGGAGGCUCUUUCGCUAAAAACGCUUUUUUUGUUUAAAGAGACCGCUUAGAGAUGGAAAAGCUGUUGGUUCUAAGUUUUCUGAUAGCCGCGGUCUGUGGGGAAGCAACCUGGGACCACUACGACUACAACUACAACUAUCUCGACGAAAUGGCCGAAUCUUUCUGCACUUCUGUCGCUCCUGCAGCAAGUAUGGUGUAUGCCGUGAGGCGUAACUGCUCUGGGCAGACACCUUCGUGUGACGGCGUGUGCAGAGCGCUUGCCGGGACUAUGAGGGAAGAUGUGAAAGGAAAUAUGGGAUAUAGCGGAUCCGGCUGCUACGAGGCCAUCCAUAUAUACAAACAGAGACCUCGCUUUGCGGUUAACCAUGACCAUCCUCAACCGGACGCAAUGAAACUGGGACUGAAGAUUUAUCGUUAUGGACAGCGGGCUGGGUGCGGCUGGAAGGCAAACCACUGCGGACCAAACUACUGUUGCUGUAGAGUUUGGUGAAAAGCAAAGUAAACCGAGAAUAGACGAACUGAAUUAAAGUCGUACAGA